UGUGUAUUUUUUGUUUGCGGAAAUUGCAUUAUUCUCGUCGAGUGAUACUGUAGUUUUGUUCAUGCCUGUGAGAUAUUUAGUCGUUCUUUCUCUUAACUGAUGCGGGUCGUGGAUUUUAGUUUGCAAUGACCAUUUUCAAAAUACUCCUACUAACUUCUGUACCCAUUUCUUUUGACAAAAUAACUCCGUCGAUUGGGUCAGGUUUUUUAUAUUUUUUAUUACAGGCGUGCCUAAUCUUUUAUGCCCAUGCCAGUUUUCAUACUAUUACAUGUUGCUGACAUCUUUCUCGUGUUCCCACAGAACGGCCGGUCCUUGUGUCGCUUGAGCUCGUCCUGUCCUUCCCUCAACGUGGAGGGGGAAGAAGAGUCCACAAAUCCUCCCUGCUACUUCCCCUGGUCCGAGGAGUUCCUACUGGACGCUCGCAAAGGCCCCGCGGACGCCAGCAGACGGAGGUCGUGGUCAGGCCUCAGCGACACUGAGAAGAAGAGGGCGCGCCAGAGGAGCGUGAGCCUCAGCAGCUUCGACUCUGAUGGAGAGGAACCUUUCUACGACGCCGAGGACGCCCCCAACGACAGAGGUCUGCCUAUAGCUGUGCUAGGUGUGCCUAUAGCGGUGCUAGGUGUGCCUAUAGCGGUGCUAGGUGUGCCUAUAGCGGUGCUAGGUGUGCCUACNGGCUGGGGUGUGGGGUGUGGGUGUGAUGCGUGGUGGUGA